CAGACUGAAAAAUGGGAGAAGGAGAAGAGAUUCAUGUAGCUGAAGAUGAGAGAGUGAACAUUAGUCUGAAGGACCUCUCUAAGAAGCUUGAGGAAUUUGCCAAGGCCAGAGAUUGGGAGAAAUACCACAGUCCCAGAAAUCUACUCCUUGCUAUGGUGGGAGAGGUAGGAGAGCUAUCAGAAAUAUUCCAAUGGAGGGGAGAGGUGGACAAAGGGUUGCCAAAUUGGGAGGAAUCAGAUAAGGAGCAUCUGGGAGAAGAGCUAUCUGAUGUGCUUCUAUACCUUAUCAGGUUGGCUGAUAUAUGCGGCAUUGAUCUUGGUGAUGCUGCCUCCAAAAAGAUUGUCAAGAACGCAAUCAAAUACCCACCCAAACCCAAACUCUCCUUCUAAUUCCCCCAACCAAAAAAGAAGAAGAAGAAGAAGACUUGUAUUUGUCUAUUUUGCUUGAUGAGCUUUACCUUGGAUUUUAAUAAAAUCUUUGUAUGAAUUUAGAAUGGAAUA